UUGACAGUGUUUUAUUGUGAAGGUCUGUUUGCACUGACAGUGUUUUAUUAUGAAGGUCUGUUUCCAUUGACAGUGUUUUAUUGUGAAGGUCCGUUUCCAUUGACAGUGAUUUAUUGUGAAGGUCCAUUUCCAUUGACAGCAUUUUAUUGUGAAGGUCCGUUUCAAUUGACAGUGUUUUAUUAUGAAGGUCUGUUUCCAUUGAUAGUGUUUUAUUAUGAAGGUCCGUUUCCAUUGACAGUGUUUUAUUGUGAAGGCCUGUUUCCGCUGCUUCCGGGUGCGGUGUCAGUGGUCUUUUCAGAUUCAGAACAAAUAGGGAAACGUUUCUGUCUGUUUUCACUGUUCAACCGGCGAAAAGUCGUUAAAACCACCUGAGACCAUUGUUCUUUUUCAUUCCUCUGUGCAUAAGGAACCAGUUUGAACAUCUUGAGCCGAAACAAACCACACCGGGACACCUGGAACCAUAACUUGGUGGUGUGUGGAGUACACUGAUGGAGACUCUCUGAAAGUGAAGGACAAUCUUCAGACGGUGGGAAAGUCAUUGCUCUGCUUUCCCUCUGAAGGCUGCACAGAUGUUUUCAUCUGGUCAAGAAAACAUCUCCACCUCCCCGACAUCCACCAAAGGACCAGUCAAAUAUGGGGAGCUCAUUGUGUUGGGUUGUAAUGGCACUCUGCCCAAUGGAGACAAGGGGAGGCGAAAAAGCCGCUUUGCUCUUUACCGUAGAAACAAAUCCAAUGGAGUGAAGCCCAGCACUGUCCACACAUCCUGCACUCCUCAGGCCGCAAAGGCUAUUAGCAGCAAGGAGCAGCACAGUAUCUCAUACACUCUGUCCCGGGCACAGACUGUGGUGGUGGAAUACACCCAUGACAGUGCCACCGAUAUGUUUCAGAUCGGCCGUUCUACGGAGAAUCCAAUCGAUUUUGUGGUGACAGAUAUGGUGCCUGGUGGUCAAAGCAAUGCUGAUUCUCAGGCGCUUCAGAGCACCAUCUCCCGGUUUGCCUGUCGGAUCAUCUGCCAAAGAAACCCCCCAUACACCGCCCGGAUCUACGCCGCUGGCUUCGACUCCUCCAAAAACAUCUUCCUCGGGGAGAAAGCAGCCAAGUGGACGAUGCGGGAUGGUCAGAUGGACGGACUGACCACUAAUGGCGUUCUGGUGAUGCACCCCCGCUUUGGCUUCUGCCAGGACUCUAAACCAGGACUGUGGAGGGAAAUCUCAGUGUGUGGCAAUGUCUUCACACUGCGGGAUACAAGAUCAGCCCAGCAGAGAGGCAAGAUGGUGGAUUCUGAGUCUAAUGAGCUGGUGGAUGGUUCACUCAUUGAUCUGUGUGGUGCUACUCUGCUGUGGCGGACAGCCGAAGGCCUGGCUCACACUCCCACCGUUAAACACCUGGAGGCGCUACGUCAGGAGCUGAACGCCGGGCGACCGCAGUGCCCCGUAGGCUUCAAUACGCUCGCUUUCCCGAGCUUGCGACGCAAAGACGUUCUGGAUGAGAAACAGCCCUGGGCCUACCUCCACUGCGGCCAUGUGCACGGUUACCACGCCUGGGGUGGACGCCGGGACCCCCAGGUGGAGGAGAAGGGCCAGGAGCGGGAGUGCCCCAUGUGUCGGGCUCAGGGCCCAUAUGUGCCUUUGUGGCUGGGCUGUGAGGCGGGCUUCUACGUGGACGCAGGACCUCCCACACACGCCUUUGUCCCCUGCGGUCACGUCUGCUCUGAGAAGACAACGAUGUACUGGAGACAGAUCCUGAUGCCCCAUGGCACACAUACUUUCCACGCUGCCUGCCCGUUCUGUAUUCAUCCCCUGAACGCAGAGUCCAGCUGCAUCAAACUCAUCUUCCAAAGUCCGUUGGACUGAAACGGCUCAGACUAUUUAUCCACAACUGUCUCACAGAAAUUACGUUCAGCUGCAACUAAACUGCAAAUAAAAAGCUUUAAUGCUACCUCCACCUCAUUCAGCAUAGUCAGUGCUGGUUUAGAUUUUGUUGCAAUGAAAUGCAUUUUGCCUUGGAAGGAUCAGCAAAUUAUUUUACCUAUAGUCAAUAGACAGGAGGUAGGCGAGGUGGAUGCACAAUAUGAGGAAAAUAUGCAAUGUUUGCUAUAAUGUUGUUCAGUAUUGUACUUACAACAUGAAUUGCGAUUAAGAAAAAAACAUACUGAAGUCUGCAUAUUGGCAACAUGGUUUAAGAUCUGUAACAAAGCAGAUAUAUUUGCAGUUACUUUGUAGUUACAUAUGGAUAUAAUUUCUGAAAGGGGGUUGUAUCUGGAGAGGGGAUUAAACAGGAAGCUUUAUGUUUGUAACUUAAUUAUUCAUAACUUAAUUUAACUUAAUUUGGAUCAAUAUAAAGUGUUUUUAAAUCUCACGUCUUUCUGGAAAGGCACGUUUGAGUCAGUUUGUAAUUUUAUACAUUUACCUCCUUAUCUUUUUGUGAAUGAAUCAGAAUUCAAAAUGAAAAUGCAGAAUUUAACAGCUGUAAUGUUAAUAUUUCUGCCUGCCUUAAAAAGCUUAACACUAACAUUAAAAAUUAUCAUUUUGGUGUCAGUGCCCAGGUGAAAUACUGUCAUGAAGCUUUUUAUUUUUUAUAUAUUCUUUGGGGAAACUGGAUUUUGAAGCGGGAAACUGUAUAAAAAAAAAAGAGAGAGAAAAAUCUGUUCUACAAGUGGCCUUUCUGUAUUACUGUACUUUUGUGAUAUUUUUUUUUUAAUUCCAACACUGUACCCCAAGGGAACAAAUAAAUAAAUGUAUACGUAUCUGGAUACUUGAA